AGGAGUGAAUGAGAAAAUACAGGGGAAGAUGGUCACACUCAACAGUUCUUGCGACGGACUGGAAACAGCUCUAAAAACAAUUGCUGGAAAGCUCUCCAGCAAAGUCAGGCUGAGCAAGGGCUCCAGGGGCAGAGCCAAAGUCAGAGGAAGCUCCACCAAUUUCCUGGUGUUGGAUGGAGAAACCCAUGCUGUUGAGACAGUCCGACAGCACCUGCAAGAGAGAGUAGAACAAGCUGAGCAGGCACAGGAGGAGCUGAGUAUAUACUUGUUUGGCAGAGGAGCAGAGAGCAAGACAGGAGAGCAAUCAACAAGUUCUAGUGAACAGAGGAAACACCAUUGAUGAGGUAUGCACCUAAACUUAGCAAAAACAGCAAGUGCACAACAUGUAUGUACACGUACUUAUGUAACAGGUUCGUGAACGGCAGAGACGGCGGA